CCCCUCUGCACCUGCCUGCACUGAAUUCGCCUCCUCUCCCCCUCCCACCAACGCUAGCUUCUCUUACGCCAUCCUCAUACUCCCUACCUGACAAGUCUCUGUUCCUCCCCUGUGCUCUGCUUGAACCUUUGCAUUCGUUUCGCUUACCUGCUCCCGCUGUUUCCACUGAUAUCGUUUGUGCACAUAAACUCCUUCAAAAGCAUGCAGUCCGGUCACUUCUCUAAGACUAUGCCGAACCUUCGAUCAAAUCCCGAGCCCUUUGCUGGUGAUGACCACUAUCGGCCGAGCAACGACAUAUUCGAGGAAUGCUGUUGUGGAAACAGUAUCUCGCCGUCGUCCACCAGCUCGAAACAAUCGACUCUGUCCCUAUCGCCAACAGCUCACUUCGCACCCUCUGGGAUAUUUCUGAUUGACGAGAAAUCAAGGAUGAAGGACGCGAUGAACGGCGACGUCAUCAUGACCGAGCUGCCUACCUUGAUUGAGGAGGAAUCCCCGUUGUCAAGCACUCAGAAUCAGACUAGUCCGAGGAAUUUCUUGUCCACUGCAUCGUUCCAACGAAGCAUGAAGGUGACCGCCAAGGAGUUCAGCAAGAUAUCAACAUGCGCCCCGCCACCAACUAAGUACAGAAGAAGCGCAAAGGACAAGCGGAACAGGAGCUGCUCUACUUCGAGGAGAGUCUUCAAUGCGAUGCAAGGUUUCAACAUCUCGAUGACUCUGUCGAAGCAGAGGAAAGAUAUGUUCAAGCGAACCACAUCCAUGCCUUAGACGUUUCUGAGCACAUUGUUAUUAUUGCAUCUUCAUUUUCUCUGCGAGCUUAUUUCUAUUGUCGUCUGUAUGUGAGUCUGUACUUUCAGUAAAUUCUCAAUGAAGCUCAGAAGGCUCCGCCGCCUCAUCUCCUUCCACAUAAUCCGAAACCUCCGAUGAGCUUGCGUCCUCACUCGAGCUUAGCAACGGCGCUCCUCUCGUCGUUUUC